CUCCCCGCAUUCCAGCAUGGCGCUGCAGCCCGGCAGUGGAGGAGCUGCGCACUGAGAUUGCAGCGGCCCCGGGGGACACAGAACGGUGCGAGGGGAAGACACGGACACUGGGCGAUCCGCUCCCACCACUCCUUCAUCUCUACCGACUGCCCACAGGUGGUGGAUGUGAACAUCUGUCGAUGAAUGAUCAUUUCAGCCAUGAUGGCCGACCAGCCUCCUCCAUUGGAAGCUACUCCCUUAAUGAAUGAUGUUUCACUUGUACCUCACAUGGUAAAUGGCGACAGCACCCAACAGCCUCUGUAUUUGCAGGUGAUCGUGGUGCAAGUGAACCCCGGAGAGACCUUCACCAUCCGCACAGAAGAUGGCCACUUUCAGUGUAUCCCAGGUCCAGCCCAUGUUCCCAUGAUGUCGCCAAAUGGGUCCAUGCCUCCUAUCUUUGUGCCGCCUGGUUAUGUGUCUCAGGUUGUAGAGGAGAAUGGAGUCCGCAAAGUAUUGGUCUUACCACAUUCGACAGAGUUCCAUCCGUCAAUGCACCCCCCGCCACCUCACGUUACCCACUUUAUGCACCAUCACCCUGCCCUGCUCCCUCACCCGCCUCAUCACGUGUACCCACCAGUGCCUGGCACAGGAGAGCUGCCUCCACAGUUUAUACACCAGCAUCCACCACCCCCACCUCACAUUUUCCAGGAACAAGAAUUGCGGCCACACGGGAGGAUGAACUUCCCACAGAGAGACGAGAGAAGCAUGAAAGUGCAAGAACAACUUCGGAAGAAAUUAAAAGACCGUCAGAUCAGCAACCACAACAACAACAAACUGCACAGCCCACCCUCCUCCCCCCACAAAGCACACAUUGCCGCCAAUUCACACAUGCAAAACGGAUACACCAAGGGUCAGCACCUCCCUGGGGGGCCUAUUAAACUGAAGCAAGCAACUCGAAUACGGGGCAGUCCACCUGCAGAGAAUGAAUCUGGAGCUGGAGAAGCAGAACCUAAAAAGCUACAAGAUUUAAACCCCAGCAUGACCAAGCCGUUUAUCUCCAACUUGGAAGCGAGGUCUGCUGUGUUGUCUUGGAGUGUGCAGAUCACCUCCCCGAAUCGCGAGAGUCCCACCAACCACUUACCAGGGGCCUUCAUGUAUGAGGUGACCGUAUCCAACAGCGGCAAAAACGGAAAGUUCAAGCCCGCUUACUCAGGAGAUGCUACAAUGUGCACGCUCACAGACCUGCGGCCAGCAACAGACUACCAUGUAAGAGUUACUGCCACAUGUCCACCUUUAGAGGGAUCCAUCUCUGAAUUAGUGAGUUUUACUACGGAAAGCUGUGAGCCGGAUUCACCAGCCCCGCCAAGACUCAUUAACAGAAGUCGAAAUUGUUUGAACCUACAGUGGAAGGCCUCUAAUGACAAUGGAUCAAAAAUUAAUGGCUACCUUUUGGAAUGGGAUGAGGGGAAACAUGGACCAUACAGAGAAUGCUACUUUGGUCACCUUAAGCAAUACAAGUUAACAAAGCUGUCUCCAUCCACAAAGUAUGCCUUCAGAAUAGCAGCCAAAAAUGACAUUGGGAUGAGUGGUUUCAGUGACGCAGUGGUAUACUACACAGCAGGAAGCGUGCCAGCCGCACCCCCUCCGCCAAGGCUUAGGCAAGCUGGUAUCACUUGGCUCUGUUUAGAAUGGAGUCCACCCAAUGAUAUGCCCUCAGAUGAAACACUAACCUAUAUCCUGGAAAUGGAAGAGGAAGGCUCGGGUUAUGGCUUCAAACCUAAACAGAACAGUGAAGACCUCACAUGCACUUUAAGAAACCUGAGAAGGAAUACGUUAUACAAGUUUAGGGUCUUUGCAGUAAACAGUGAAGGCAGAAGUAGUCCGAGUGAUAUUGUAGAAUACUCCACUUCCCCUGAUAAACCCGGACCCCCGUGUAAGCCGAGCACAAAAGGCAAAAUCCAUGCGCAAAGUGUAAAGAUCAUGUGGGAUGCCCCUAAAGACAACGGAGGCUCCGAGGUUAUCAAAUACUUCCUUGAAAUGGCAGACAACAUAAGUGGGAGUAAAUGGGAGACCAUGUACAAUGGACCUUUUAAAGAACAUGUGUGCGAUCAUCUCAGACCUGGUACUUCCUAUAGGUUCAGGGUGUAUUGCUCCAACAUAGUGGGCUCCAGUCAGAUGUCUGAUGUGUUAGUGGUCCAGACAGGCGUUGUUCCUCCAGGUCACUGCCACCCACCACGUUUAGCUGGAAAAGCAAAAGCCAAGGAGUUGAAUCUGCAGUGGGAUGCCCCAGAUGUAGACGGCGGCUCAGCAGUAACAUCAUAUACUGUAGAGAUGGCAAAAUCCGAAGAGGAUCGGGGCCCUGUCUUUCAAGGUCCUGACCUGGAAUGCACAGUGAGCAACCUGCUUCCCGGCCAGACGUACUGCUUCUGGAUAAAGGCUUCGAAUAAAGCUGGGUGUGGACCUUAUUCAGAAUCAGCGGAGUUCUGCACGGCACCCGGACCUCCAGAAAGAUGCAAAAUACCAUUGAUGAUAUGUAAGAGUCCAAACUGUGUGCUAGCAAGCUGGGAGGUUCCUGGAUGUAAUGGAGCAGAAAUUACAGAAUACCGGUUAGAGUGGGGCAAAGCGGAAGGAUGUAUGCAGGUCAUCUAUACAGGCUCAUCUUCAAGCUAUGAAAUCAAAGGUCUUACACCGGCAUCUACUUAUUUCUGUAGAGUUCAGGCUGUUAACAUUGCUGGCACUGGGAUGUUUGGAGACACAGCAGUCAUCACAACGCCAGCAUCUGUUCCCGCAGCAGUAUCUGUUCUACAGGUUGUUGAUGAGGAGCUCCUGGAAACUCCUAUACCCUCACCGUCAGAGUGCCUUGCUCUCCAGUGGAAGGAGCCAUGCUGCAACGGGGCAGAAAUCACUGGGUACACCAUAGAGUAUGGGGAAAAGCAGCAGAUUACAGUAGAUUCUGUCACUAGCUGUGUUCUCACAAAUCUGGUGCCUGACCGAACUUACAGGAUACGGAUUCAGGCCAUAAACAGCUUCGGAGCCGGUCCCUUCAGUCCAUCUAUUAAAGCCAAAACAAAGCCUCCUCCUCCAAAUCCACCACAUCUGGAAUGCGUAGUCUUCAGUCACCAGAGCCUUAAGUUAAAAUGGGGGGACGGGACAAGUAAAGCUUUAGCUACAGAAACAUCACAGUACAAUCUGCAAAUGGAAGAUAAACUCAGCAGGUUUUUUACAAUCUACAAUGGACCAUGUCAUACGUAUAAGAUGCAAAGACUGAAUGAAUCAACGACAUACAACUUCAGGAUCCAGGCAUACAACGAAGCAGGGGAAGGCCCAUUUUCUGAAGUCUGCAGUUUUGCUACAACCAAAUCUCUGCCCGCUGCAUUAAAAGCACCCAGAGUACAUCAGAAUGACAGCAAUUUGUGUGAAGUAUCUUGGGAGACUGUGCCGCCGAUGAGGGGAGAUGCAAUAGUUUAUAUCCUUCAGCUUACCAAUGGGAGAGAGUUUGAUCAGGUAUACAAAGGAACAGACACCUCAUUCACUUUUGCAAACUUUCAAACAAACUGUGAAUACCGGUUUAGAGUUUGUGCUGGACGGCAGUACCAAGAUGCCAAUGGGUUACAAGAAUUGCUUGGCCCCUACAGCCCCAGCACCGUGUUCUCAUCUCAAAGACGAGAGUUGGAUUUGCCGUGUGUUAAUGCUGCAUUGGAGGCCACGAAAAGCAAAAGGAAGUCUCUCAGCGACGAGCAGUUUGCCACCUUGCUCCUCAUGAUGUUCGCUGUCGUGGCCUUUCUCUUUGCCGUCGUCAUCCAGUACUUUGUAAUUAAGUAGAUUUAAGUGCCCUGUUCCUGAGAAUUCUCCGUACGUUUUUUUUUUUCAAUAUUUAUGUUUAAUUAUUCUAAUUAAAUUUAUAGAUGGAAAUGAUUGUAUUAUAUAUAAGUGCAUUUCCAUUCUUGCUGCUCAUUCAUCAAGAGGCUGGAUUAGUAGAAUCCUCCUGUAUGUGGAACAUAAGACAUCAUGACACUCUUAGAAAGGGAAACUUCAGUCCUGUGUUUCUAGGGCCAUGGUGUCCAAUGCCUUAAUACACUCUUAAAGGUCAAGACGGUGCUGUUCGUUUAUGUGAUGGACCAUUUGCUUUAAAAGCGUGUCCCUUUCAAAUGUUCAGCUUUGCACGUGGUAGCUCACGAUGUUUGUUAAAGAAGUGUCCAUUUUUCCACUGACUUGUGGCCUUCAUGGAGUAGCAUAUCUAAAUCAUAAGUGGCGCCGUUGUGAAAUAAGAUUUGCUGGCAUCUACAAAUACUUUUUUUUUUUUUUUGAGGAAUAUAUGUUGGGUUGACUUGCUCACAUUUUCUAGGGUUGCUUCACCUCUAUCUGCCAUUUUAUUUCACCUCCUGUUAUUGACAGUAGGUUUUGGCAAGGAACCGAGACUAGUGAUGUGGACCAAGACUUAGGUGGUUUUUUUUAAAUUAGAUUUCAACAUCCAAAGAUGUUGAUGUAGAUCUUGGCAUUGGGAAGGUAAAAUUUGAUAGGUUUAUCAAUUAUGAAGUCCUCUGAGAAGGGCUGAAUCCCCUUAAGGGAUUAUGGCAUACCAUUGCAGUCCACUUGAUAGGAUCCAGUAGUGAAGACCCUCUUUGAUCUCAAGAACAAUCGCAUCCCAAUAACCGGUCUCAGAUGGCUUCACGCUCCUAGGUUUCAUUCGUUGUCCUCGACUGUCUCAUUCUGGAGAUCAUUGGGAGUCUUGGUUUGCUGGAUGCCACUUGACAUCUCAAAUAGGAAUUUGGGAAAGAACCCCUUGAAUAAACUAUGGGCUUUUUGAAUGGAUGUUCACAAAUAUUCCACCAUUUCUUUUUAUUUUUUAUUGUUUUUACUUAUUGUCCAGUUAUUAAUUGUAUGGCCACUUAAAGUUGCAGCAAUCUGCUCAUCUGACAAUGUAGAACUAUGAAAAUAAGGAAUCGGGCUUGUGUAAAUGCAAAAUCGCCAAACCCUGUUUUAUAUAGGGGUGCAGUCUAGUCCUUCGACUCUGUGGUUUCUGUCAGUGAAGGUUAUGGAAAUCUUAAGAGGCUUUCAGGAAGAUUUUGAGAUCAAUAUGAAUCACUGUGAUUAUUUCAAAGGAGUUUCGGUAGGAAAAGCUGUAGAAAGUGAGUUGUGUUUUGGGACGCUUGCUCUAAAACUCGGUGGAGAAAUAUGGAUGGAAGCCAGAUGUGCUGUAAAUCAUAGCAGUCAAUGCUGUAAAAUGUUAGUUGUUGGUUACCAUGAGUGGCGGCUCUGUUGCCGUAGUUGUACAUAAAUUGAUUUCUCCUCAGGUUCUUGGUGUGAAUAAAGUGUCCCUGUACUUUGUGUAAUCGGUGGGGGUCUGAGUGCCGAGACCCCAGUUAAAUUGCUAGAACCCAUCUCAAUUCCGUCUACUGCAGCGAGGAGAGAGAGCACUCUUAGUGAGCACUUCUCUCUCCUCGUUCUAGUGAUUGGUGCGGGUCUGAGCACUGACACUCACCAAUUAAUACCUUUGCAAUGUCGCUAUGACAUAUCAAAAGUUUUUUUCAAAAACAAAGAAAAAUUUACAUACAAUUUCCUGUGUACGCUAUUCCUCUCUUAUCCGAUGUGAGAUAAGCAGAUAAAUUAUAUUGAAUUAUAAAAAAUCAUUUAUGUAGGGUGAAUCAAAAGUCAGGAACCACCCAGAUAUCCCUAAGAGAUUGAGCUCAUAAUUGCCAUUAUGUUUGAACCCACAGGAGCCAAUAUCUUACAAGAUACUUACUUUUAUGGUUUGAUAUUCAUUGGCAGUAGUCAUCCAUUUAUGCGCAACAUUGCAUUGGUUGAGUGCCAAGGGUUCUCCAUACCCCUCCCUGAAAAAUGGCGAUUUAGCUGUCUAGCUUUAAAAUGGGUUCAGACGUUUCGAAAGGGACAUAGUAAUUAGGCCUUCAGGUCUGAAAGGCGUGCUCUUUUUGGGACUAAGCCAACAACCCCUUUUAACAAUGCUGAACUACUAGGCACACCUCCCACUAUAUGGCUUCUUAUUUACCAUACAGGAGGUACAAAUAAGUGAGCCCCCCCAGAUUCAGAACCUAGGAGAAGUGUGUCUUGUGACUCCCCCUCUGCUUCAAUGAGAAGUCUGACAGCAGCGUCUUCUCCUGUCUCUGAUCAUGACUUUGGGAGGCCAUGAGGUGUGUGCACCUCACUAGUUCAGUAUUAUUUAAGCAGAGCUGGAAUUUUAAAGCAUGUGGGUUUCUCCUCCAAGGUUUAAAAUAGACAGCAAGAGACACACUUCCAAGGGAGGUAAGGCAGGUCAGUUCCUAAGGCAACUGUUGGACGCCCAAGAUUGACCCUACAGUGUCUCCUACUAUCAGUUUUAAACUUUGGGCAUGUAGCUUUAACUUUAAGGUAUCUGCAAUAAAUGUAGAUUCAGUUCAAAUGUAGAUCUCCGGCACUCAAGAUAAAAGCAUCAACUUUUUAUCCUUAAAGGGGUUGUCCGUCAUUUACCAUGUGAUGGCCUAGGCCAGGGAUAGUCAACCUGAGGCUCUCCAGCUGUUGCAAAACUAAAACUCUCAGUAUGCCCACACUGCCGCAUGGUGGAAGUAGUAGUUUUACAACAGCUGGAGAGCCGCAGGCCAUCACUAGUGGAUCGGCAGGGGUUAUACACUCUGCAGCUCCCACUACAAACGUUUCCAGAGCGAUGUUGAACCAGCACUGACUUUUAGAGCUACGGCUGAUCGGACCCUGGCCAAUCCCUUAGUGAUGGCUUGAGGAUAGGCCAUCACUUAGGGUCCAUUCACACGUCCGCAAAAUGGGUCCGCAUCCGUUCCUUAAUUUUGCGGAACAGGUGCGGACCCAUUCAUUUUCAGUGGGGCCGGAAUGUGCUGU